AUGGUUUCCGGCGGAAAAGCAAAUCGCUACAACUUCCUCAUUGCCUUCUUCGUCACCCUGGGCUCCUUCACCUAUGGCUACAACUCCUCCGUGACCGCUGGUGUCAUUGGCCUGCCCUCGUUCUUCGCCUAUCUCGACAUCACCCCGUCCACAACCCAGGGAGAUUCAAUUAUCGGCGCCAUCAACGGAGUCUACCUCGCGGGCGGCGCAAUCGGCUGCUGGACGUUAGCCUGGCUCGCAGAUACAAUCGGUCGCCAGCGAACAAUCCAGAUCGUCUGCGUGAUUUGCGUCAUCUCUGCUGCGAUUCAGGCUGGAUCGGUGCACGUGGCCAUGUUUCUGGUCGGCAGGCUCGUAAACGGUUUUGGUGUGGGCUUGAUGAACAGUGUCAUUCCUCUCUUUCAGUCUGAGAUUUCCCCGGCUGCGCAGCGCGGACGGCUUGUUGGGUUUCAUGGGUUUAUUCUUGUCGCAGGCUACAGUUGCGGCGGCUGGACCACGUUCGGAACCUACCAUACGACCAAUACGGCACUCCAAUGGCGGCUGCCCCUUGCGCUGCAGAUCCUCGCGCCCCUGCUUCUUCUAUGUGGGAGCCCCUGGAUCCCCGAGUCCCCCCGGUGGCUCGUGAGUCGUGGGCACGGCGAAAAGGGCCUGAAAAUCCUCGAGGAUUUGCAUCGCACACCAGACGAUCCCGACGCAACGGGCGCCCACAUGGAGUACGAGCAGAUCAAAGCCCAAGUCGCACUCGAAGCAGAAGAGAAGCUCGGUAGUCUGCUCGAGUGUCUUCAGAAGCCGCAUAUCCGGAAGCGCAUGAUACUUGGUUUUCUCGUGCAGUGGUAUCUGCAGAGUACAGGGGUUCUUGUUGUAUUCAAUUACCAGACUCUCCUCUACGCUAAUCUGGGUGUGACGGGCUCAAUUCCCCUCCUCCUCCUCGCUCUAUACAAUCUAAUCGCGGCAAUAUUCAACCUCUGCAACGCACUCGCACUCGACCGGUUUGGAAGGAUCCGUAUCAUUACGAUAGGCGUCGUUGGCUGCAUCGUCGUCCUAAGCAUCUACACAGCCCUAGUUGCGGAAUACGCCUCGACAGACAAUCACGUCGGCAAUGCAUUUGCAAUCCUGUGCCUUUUCCUGUUUGCCGUCUUCUACGGCGGCUGCCUCGACGCGUCCAGCUACGUGUACGUCUCGGAGAUCUUCCCCAACUCGGUGCGCGCGCACGGGGUCGGGUUUUCGAUCAGUGGGCUGUUUUUGUCGAAUAUCCUGUACACGCAAGUGGCGCCAACGGCCCUCAGCCACGUCGGGUGGCGGUUCUUCUUGCUAUUCAUUUUGUUACCUGCCGCGGGCCUGUAUCCGUUCUUAAGGUACUGCCCCGAGACGAAGUUGCUUUCGUUGGAAGAGCUCGCAGGGGCUUUCGGCGAUCCGGUCACUAUGGAGAGAGACAGCGAGAGCGAGAAGAGAGAGGCGGUUGCGGAGCACUGCGAGGGGAUUGGCAGUGUGUAG